UUUACGGCCUGCGGAACCGAAGGCGGAAGUACUUCAGUGGUCAGCCAAGGCCGAGCUCAACUCCAGCGAAGCAGCAAGAUGGCUCACAGGCUGCUUGUGCGCAGAAUGUGGACGCUCUCUGCGCAAGGCAUCCGCUGCCUCCCAGCCGCCGCCGCCUCCUCUUCUUUUGCCACCUCUUCCCCGCAGUCCGGCGCAACCCGGGCUUCCUUCCUCUCGCCCUCGCAUGCUCUGCCUCGCUCCCUCCCUCACACCUCCCGCCGGGGGGUCUCCUUCAACGUUCAGGACUACAAGGACUUCACGGUCCGGGUGAUAAACAGCGAGCUGCCCGUGCUCGUUGACUUCCAUGCACAGUGGUGCGGUCCCUGUAAGAUCCUCGGGCCGAGGUUGGAGAAGGCCAUCGCAAAACAGAAAGGCCGCGUUGCCAUGGCAAAGGUUGACAUCGACGAUCACACAGACCUGGCCAUCGAGUACGGGGUGUCCGCCGUCCCGACGGUGAUCGCCAUUCGUGGCGGGGACGUAGUCGACAAAUUCGUGGGGAUCAAAGAUGACGACGAGCUGGACUCAUUUGUGGGCAGGGUCAUCGGACAGUAGCCCCUAACCCUGCCAUUCACCGCCGUCACUGUGUAGUUGUGUAUGACCAUUACGGCCGCCAUCGUCGGCCUGUUUAAAAAAACAUGCCACAGUCUCAGGUGGUAAACACUCAAAUGCUCACACCCAUCCCCAGACGGACUGCUCCUCUUCUUUCUUUGUCUAGAGAUGGGUGUGUGCUUCCAUUUGUUUGUUUUUUAGCAGCGUUUUCUAUUCAGUAAAAUGUGACUUCUCUCCACCUCACGAGAGCAUCUGGGCUCUUCAUACGCAUACAUGUCCAAAAACAAGUCAGCAGAAUGGAAACCACGCCGCCACAUUGUACGUGUAAAACAUGAGGGACGGACGAUAUAGUUUUAAUUUGAGCUGGCGGAGGGUUCAACUUAAAAAGCUGACCAUACCGAAUAAGGUUUAUGAGUGUUGACCUGUAGUACCUGCGUUUGUCCGCACGGUGGCGGCGUUUCUCUUAGCAUGGCGAAAGCCACACCUGGGUCGUUUUACACCGUUCUGCCUAAAAGAUUGUGUGUGUGGACUUAAGUCAAGUGGGAAUUGCAAAUACAGGUUUGGUUUAUGAAUCAAACGAACUAUAUGUACUGGGAACAUGACAGAGUGAAGUAAUAAAAGAGUCAGAUGUUCUUGUA